UGGGCUCAUUCUAGAGAGGGGGAGUUCAAUUAUGUUCACUAUAGCCCAAGCCAAACCCAUUCAUGCUGCAAGCCCAAUCUAAUCUGCUAAUAAACCACCUUCUCCGGUCUCCGCCACAAAUAAAAAAUCUUUCAAAAUAAAAGCGAUAAGCUUCUCUUCCCCUGUUCUUCUUCUUGCUCUUGUCUUGCCACUACGAACACGCGCAUUUACCUCAAGAAACAGAGCAAAACCCUUAACCUAAAAUCAGAUAACAUGUUCUCGCUCAAGCUUUGCAAAAGCCACCAUAACUCACCCUUCCUCUCAAACCCUCAUCAACUUCAACAAGAAGCAAAAACUCGAAGUGCCCAUUUUGCACCAUGCAAAAUACUGAGCCCCAAUAAAAGAAAACUUAGCGUGAGAGCAAGUAGCAGUGGACAAGGAGGAGAAGCAGCUGAGAAGAAAAGCAGCGAAAGACGACCUUUCUUAACCCUAGAAGAAGCUGGUCUAGUGGAAAUAUCUGGUCUCAGCACUCACGAGAGGUUCCUAUGUCGUUUAACGAUAUCGUCUUUGAAUCUGCUGAGAGUGAUAUCAGAGCAAGAAGGUUGCCCAAUUGAGGAGCUAAAUGCUGGCAAGGUAUGCGACUGGUUUGUGAAGGAUAAGCUGAAAAGAGAGCAGAACUUAGACUCUGCUGUCCUUCAAUGGGAUGAUUCUUCCGAGCUUCUCUAACUAAACAAGACUUUGUAAAAACGACAUCCAGUUUUGAAUAAAACGCUUGCUUGGCUCAAUUGUCUUA